CCUGCUGCUGUGGCCACCGCUGCCGGGGCAUCCCUCCUUCCUUCCCACCAUGGCCGUGUACCGCGUGUGUGUGACCACAGGUCCCUACCUGAUGGCUGGCACGCUGGACAACAUCUCUGUCACCUUGGUGGGCACUUGUGGAGAGAGCCCCAAACAGCUGCUGGAUCGCCUGGGCAGGGACUUUGCCCCUGGAUCUGUGCAGAAGUACAAGGUGCGGUGCUCUGCGGACCUGGGCGAGCUCUUGCUGCUGCGUCUGCACAAGGAGCGCUACGCCUUCUUCCCCAAGGACUCCUGGUACUGCAGCUGCCUCUGUGUCACGGCCCCCGACGGCACCCGUUCCCACUUCCCCUGCUAUCAGUGGAUUGAGGGCUACUGCACCAUAGAGCUGCGACCAGGAACAGCAAAAACCAUUUGUCAGGACUCCCUUCCCCUCCUUCUGGACCACAGGAGACGGGAACUCCAGGGGCGACAGGAAUGCUACCGGUGGAAAGUUUACGCCCCUGGCUUUCCCGGCAUGAUAGACGUCAGCAGCUUUGAGGAGAUGGAGACAGACAAUAAGUUUGCCUUGACCAAGAUGACACCUCGAGCAGACCAAGGGGACAGCAGUGGGAAUCGGUACCUGCCAGGCUUUCCCAUGAAGAUUGACUUCCCAUCCCUGAUGCACAUGGAGCCCAACAUUCGCUACUCGGCCACCAAGACAGCCUCCCUGCUCUUCAAUGCCAUCCCCGCGUCCUUGGGCAUGAAGCUCCGCGGGCUGUUGGACCGCAAGGGCUCCUGGAAGAAGCUGGAUGACAUCCGGAAUAUCUUCUGGUGCCACAAGACGGUCAUUUCGGAGUACGUUACAGAGCACUGGUGCGAGGACCCCUUCUUCGGGUACCAGUACCUAAACGGCGUCAACCCCGUCAUGCUCCACUGCCUCUCCAGUUUGCCCAGCAAGCUGCCCGUCACCAAUGACAUGGUGGCCCCCUUGCUGGGACCCGACACCUGCCUGCAGACAGAACUAGAGAGGGGGAACAUUUUCCUAGCCGACUACUGGAUCCUGGCCGACGCCCCCGUCCACUGCCUCAACGGCCGCCCGCAGUACGUGGCCGCCCCGCUCUGCCUGCUGUGGCUUAACCCGCAGGGGGCGCUGGUGCCCCUGGCCAUCCAGCUCAGCCAGACCCCCGGACCCGACAGCCCCAUCUUUCUGCCCACGGACUCUUACUGGGACUGGCUGCUGGCCAAGACGUGGGUGCGCAACUCCGAGUUCCUGGUGCACGAGAACAACACGCACUUUCUGUGCACGCAUCUGCUGUGCGAGGCCUUCGCCAUGGCCACGCUGCGCCAGCUGCCGCUCUGCCAUCCGAUCUACAAACUCCUGCUCCCCCACACUCGCUACACGCUGCAGGUGAACACCAUCGCGCGGGCCACGCUGCUCAACCCCGAGGGCCUGGUGGACAAGGUCACCUCGGUUGGAAGACAAGGCCUCCUCUACCUCAUAAGCACGGCUCUGGCCCAUUUCACCUACACCGAUUUCUGCCUUCCGGACAGCGUGCGGGCCCGCGGCGUCCUGGCCAUCCCCAACUACCACUACCGGGACGACGGCCUGAGGAUCUGGGCGGCCAUUGAGAGCUUUGUCUCAGAAAUCGUGGGCUACUAUUACCCCAGCAAUGUGUCUGUGCAGCAAGACUCGGAGCUGCAGGCCUGGGUCGGCGAGAUCUUUGCUCGGGCGUUCCUGGGCCGGGAAAGCUCAGGCUUCCCACGCCGACUGUGUACUCCAGGAGAGCUGGUGAAGUUCCUCACUGCUGUCAUCUUCAACUGCUCCGCCCAACACGCCGCUGUCAACAGUGGGCAGCAUGACUUUGGGGCCUGGAUGCCCAAUACCCCAUCAUCCAUGAGGCAGCCUCCACCCCAGACCAAGGGCACUGCCACCCUGAAGAGUUACCUAGACACCCUCCCAGAAGUGAAUGUCACCUGUAACAACCUUCUCCUCUUCUGGUUGGUCAGCCAGGAGCCCAAAGAUCAGCGGCCCCUGGGCACCUACCCGGACGAGCACUUCACGGAGGAGGCCCCUCGGCGGAGCAUCGCCGCCUUCCAGAACCGCCUGGCCCAGAUCUCGCGGGAGAUCCGGGAGCGGAACCAGGGGCUGGAGCUGCCCUACGCCUACCUGGACCCUCCCCUCAUCGAGAACAGCGUGUCCAUCUGACCCCCUCCUCUCCCAGCCCUGGAAGAAAGGCUCCAGCGCCAGCACAGGAGGAGGGCCAGCUUGUCAGGGUCCUCUCGUUCCGGCUCAGCCAGACUUUCGCUGCACCUGGGGUCGUUUCCACCCAGGGCGGCGCUAGCUUCCUACAGGUGGGCCCUGAGCGGUGAGGGACCCGCACAGCAGCGUCCACGGUGAGAAGCCGCUGCCUAAGGUUGAGGGCACAGCAGGUCCUUCGAGAGAAAGGCAGCCCAUCACCCCGUGCUCUACUUGGGGCAGGCUCCUAACUUCUCCUGUGGGAACCUACCUCCUCCCAUUGGGAACCCCACAGGGACUCUGAGCUCCCCCUUCCUGUAACCCCCGUCUUCAAACUCUUCCUCUUACCUUGUCGCUUUUUUCCCUCCAGCUUUCCUCCAAACCUAGGACCGACCAGUCUAACUUCCCUCUCUGGAAGAACCU